UCAUGCGGCUGGCGCUGCUCUGGGCGCUGGGGCUCCUGGGCGCGGGCAGCCCUCUGCCCUCCCGGCUGCUCCCAAAUGCGGGUGGCACUGAGGAGCAGCAGGUGAGGCCAGAGAAGACCGUAAGUGGAUCCUUGGAGCCCCAGCUUCUUCAGGACAAUCUCCUGAUGAGCCUAGCAGAGGUGCUUCAGACCAGUCUGCCUGAGGCCCUGAGGAUCAAAUUGGAGCUGGACGGUGAAAGUCAUAUCCUGGAGCUGCUACAGAAUAGGGAGUCGGUCCCAGGCCGCCCAACUCUGGUGUGGUACCAGCCUGAUGGCACUCGGGUGGUCAAUGAGGGACACACUCUGGAGAACUGCUGCUACCAGGGAAGAGUACAGGGCCAUGCAGACUCCUGGGUGUCCGUCUGCACCUGCUCUGGGCUCAGGGGCUUGGUGAUCCUGUCCCCAGAGAGAAGCUAUGCCCUGGAACUGGGGCCUGGAGACUUUCAGGGUCCUCCCAUUAUCUCCCGGAUCCAAGACCUCCUCCUGCCAGGCCACACCUGUGCCCUGAGGGGGCGUGCAUCUGUGCCCACUCAGGCUCCACCCAAGCUCCCCCUGGGACAACACUACAUUCGCAGCCGGCGGAAGCGGGACGUGGUGACAGAGACCAAGAUUGUUGAGCUGGUGAUUGUGGCCGAUCAUUCAGAGGUCCAGAGGUACCUGGACUUCCAGCGCCUGCUGAACCGCACACUAGAAGUAGCCCUCCUGCUGGAUACAUUCUUCCAGCCCCUAAAUGUACGGGUGGCACUAGUGGGCCUGGAGGCCUGGACCCAGCACGACCUGGUGGAAAUAAGCCCAGACCCAGCUGUCACACUAGACAACUUCCUCCACUGGCGCCGGGAAAACUUACUGCCUCGCUUGCCCCACGACAGUGCCCAGCUGGUGACUGGUACUUCAUUCUCUGGGCCUAUGGUGGGCAUGGCCAUUCAGAACUCCAUCUGUUCUCCUGACUUCUCAGGAGGUGUGAACAUGGACCACUCCACAAGCAUCCUGGGAGUUGCCUCCUCAAUAGCCCAUGAGUUGGGCCACAGCCUGGGCCUGGAUCACGAUUCACCUGGGAACAGCUGCCCCUGUCCAGGUCCAGCCCCAGCCAAGAGCUGUAUCAUGGAGGCCUCCACAGACUUCCUGCCAGGCCUGAACUUUAGCAACUGCAGCCGGCAGGCCCUGGAGAAAGCCCUCCUGGAUGGAAUGGGCAGCUGUCUCUUUGAACGGCUGCCCAGCCUGCCACCCAUGGCCACUUUCUGCGGAAAUAUGUUUGUGGAGCCAGGCGAGCAGUGUGACUGUGGCUUCCCGGAUGACUGCACUGAUCCCUGCUGUGAUUACUUCACCUGCCAGCUGAGACCAGGGGCACAAUGUGCGUCCGAUGGACCCUGUUGUCAGAAUUGCCAGCUGCGCCCAGCUGGCUGGCAGUGCCGUCCUACCAGAGGCAACUGUGACUUACCGGAGUUCUGCCCAGGAGACAGCUCCCAGUGCCCCCCUGAUGUCACCCUGGGGGACGGCGAGCCCUGUGCUGGUGGACAGGCCGUGUGCAUGCAUGGGCGUUGUGCUUCCUAUGCCCAGCAAUGCCAGUCACUUUGGGGACCUGGGGCCCAGCCUGCCCCACCACUUUGCCUCCAUAUAGCCAACACUCGGGGGGAUGCUUUUGGGAACUGUGGGCGCAGCCCCAACGGCAGUUACGUGCCCUGUGCUCCUAGAGACGCCAUUUGUGGGCAGCUCCAGUGCCAGGGGGCUAGCUCACAGCCUCUGCUGGGCUCAGUUCGAGAUCUGCUCUGGGAGAUGCUGGAAACCAAUGGGACCCAGCUGAAUUGCAGCUGGGUGCACCUGGACCUGGGCAACGAUGUGGCCCAGCCCCUCCUGACUCUGCCUGGCACAGCCUGUGGCCCUGGCCUGGUGUGUAUUGACCAUCGAUGCCAGCCUGUGGAUCUCCUGGGAGCACAGGAAUGUCGAAGCAAAUGCCACGGACAUGGGGUCUGCGACAGCAGUUGGCACUGCCACUGUGAGGAGGGCUGGGCACCCCCUGACUGCACUACCCAGCUCAGAGCAACCAGAUCCCUGACCACAGGGAUGCUCCUCAGCCUCCUGUUGUUACUGGUCCUGGUGCUGCUUGUUGCCAGCUACUGGCACCGUGCCUGUCUGCGCCAGCGACUCUGCCAGCUCAAGGGACCCAGCUGCCAAUACAGGGCAGCCCAAUCUGGUCCCCCAGAACAGCCAGGACCCCCACAGAGGGCUCUGCUGAUGCCAGGCACUAAGCAGACUAGUGCUCGUGGCUUCCCACCACCCCCCUCCAGGCCGCUGCCGCCUGACCCUGUGCCCAAGAGAUUCCAGGCUGAGCUGGCUGACCGACCCAAUCCCCCCACCCGCCCUCUGCCCGCUGACCCGGUGGUGAGGCGCCCGAAGUUUCAUGGGCCUGCCAAGCCCCCACCCCCAAGGAAGCCACUGCCUGCGGACCCCCAAGGCCGGCGCCCACUGGGUGAUCUACCUGACCCAGGGGCUGGAAUACCCCCCCUAGUGGUACCCUCCAGGCCAGCACCACCACCGCCCCCAGCAGUGUCCUCGCUCUACCUCUGACCUCUCCUGAAGUUCUGCUGCCUCCAACCCAGACUUAGGACUUCAAGAGGUGGACUCAUCCCCGAGAGUCCCCCACCAGGACUGAAGGAAACGGAGCCUGGACACAGUGGAACAGGCGUCUUAAGCCACCAGGGACAUUCAAGUUCUGUCAAGCAGCAUCCUGGGGGCCUGUAGUUGCAGCCGCGGGUUGAGGAGGGGCUGGGGGCUGGACGGGGCUGAGGGAGGUGCGUACAGCCUGUCUCUGCUCAGCUGGCUCAGCUGCUCAGCUGCAAUAAACGUGAGAUCUUGGGA